AUGUCCCCUUCUGCAAUCACAGACUCGCCGCCACAAAACGCUGCCUAUCCGGCAACAACAGACCUCGGCGAUGGACUCGCUGUUCAACAUCCGCCGCCCAAUUUCCAGGGGUACGACCACGUAACCUGGUGGGUUGGCAACGCGAAGCAGGCCGCUUCGUAUUACAACACUCUCUUUGGCUUCAGAACAGUCGCGUACAAGGGACUCGAGACCGGCAGCAGGUACGUUUCAUCGUACGCUGUCGCCAACAAUGACGUCCGUUUCGUCUUCACCUCUCCGGUGCGAUCUUGUGCCCACCUGCCCGAGGACGAGCCCAUCUCUGAUGCGGAGCGGGAGCUCCUGCGCGAGAUUCACGCUCACCUCGAGAAGCACGGCGACGCCGUGAAGGAUGUCGCUUUCGAGGUCGACAACGUGGAGGGCGUUUAUAGAAAGGCUGUCCAGGAGGGUGCCCAGUCGGUCCAACCCCCCACAGUUCUCGCCGACCCUGAUCACGGCGACGUGCUCACCGCCGUCAUUCGCACCUACGGCGAUACCACUCACACACUCAUAUCCCGCAACGGCUACAGGGGCCCGUUUCUCCCUGGCUUCCGCGCAGCGAAGCCCUCCAAGGCCUCCGUCACUCUUCCUGCGGCGCCUUUGCUGCGCAUCGACCACUGCGUCGGUAACCAGUCCUGGAAUGAAAUGGUUGCCGCCUGUGCCUUUUACGAGCAGUGCCUUUCAUUCCACCGUUUCUGGUCUGUCGAUGACUCCCAGAUUUGCACCGAGUUUUCGGCCUUGAACUCCAUCGUCAUGUCAUCAGCAAACAACAUGGUGAAGAUGCCCAUCAAUGAGCCGGCCCCGGGAAAGAAGAAGUCGCAGAUCGAGGAGUACGUCGUCUUUAACUCCGGCCCGGGUGUCCAGCACAUUGCUCUCCUGACUUCCAACAUUAUCGAAACCGUGUCGGCAAUGCGCGCCCGCGGCGUUGAGUUCAUCGCCGUCCCCCCGACAUACUAUGACACCAUGCGUCACCGACUCAAGUCGGAAAAGCGCAAUUGGGAGCUCAAGGAAGACCUCGCCACCAUCGAGGCGCUCAACAUUCUUAUUGACUACGACGAGCAAGGUUACCUGUUGCAGCUGUUUACCAAACCACUCAUGGACAGACCUACGGUCUUCAUUGAGAUCAUCCAGCGCAACCACUUUGAGGGAUUUGGUGCGGGCAACUUCAAGAGUUUGUUUGAAGCGAUUGAGCGUGAGCAGGCUGAGCGCGGAAACUUGUAA